UUCUCAUUAAUUUUAUAACUUACUCAUCUUUGUCGAAAGUAACUUUUACAUCCUCGUUAUUCCCGAAUUCAUCACUCAGAUCUAGUUUGAUUGAAGACUUUACAUGAUACAUACAACUAUAUUCAAGAGUUUGCAAGAUACAUAACAUUCAGAUUUCAUCAGGUAUUACUUGGAAACAAUGAAGAAAGUGCUUCAAAUAAUUGUCUUUUGGAAUGGGCAGGUUACAUUUUCAUAUUUAAUCUCCGGAACAGGUAUCACCUGGCUAACAAGAAUCAUCUUUUUAAGCGGAGUUAUGCUCAUAAAAGCUUGGUGCCACUAUGAAUGUCGUAUCCUUGGCGCAUUUCAUGGUUUACUGGCUACAUAUGCUUUGGAAGCUUUGAUUCUAUUCAUAUUCCAGCUGUUCAAUUCAUCUUUAAAUGGACUUCUAGAUUGUGUGCUUUAUCGAUUUUUGGAUUAUUAUGCAAACUUUGAUUGGAAGAACUGUUGUAUCAGUUUGGAGGGUCAAGUUCUCACAUCAUCCCUUCCCAACCUAGUUGUUACUAAUCAAGGGAAUGGCAGAGCAUAACCAUUGCUUUCAAGAAAAGUUAUGAGAUUAUAUACCGAAUUGUUUUCAUCAUAUAUGCUUGGUUGAUCUUCUUGAUGAAUUCGGAAAGCUACACGAUUCUUAUGAAUACAUAAAACACGUGAACCAGAUUUUUAAGGGGCAAACAUUUUAUUCGACUUGGAUCAUGAGAAUGCUUGAUAUUAUAUUUUGUUAACUAAUAUGUAUAUAAUUACUAGAAGAUGGAGCAAUAUUGUUGAUUUUAGAAGCCUUGUAACUAACCAAUUAAUGUUUUUCUCUUUUGGCCUUAAAGAUUCAAGUGGUUUACAGUUCA